AUGGAGGAUUCUUUCUUUGACGUCGUGGAGUUUCUGAAGAAACCCUCGAUAGUGGAGACAUUCGUCGACAUUCUGCUUUGCGCGGUUCCGAUUUGGCUGGCCGUCAUGAUCGGCUUGCUGAUCGGGUGGUCAUGGCGCCCGCGCUGGACGGGACUCCUCUUCCUCGGCCUCCGCAGCAAGUUCCGCUUCCUCUGGACGGCGCCGCCGGGCUUCGGCGCCCGCCGCCUCUGGCUCGCCUUCACCGCCCUCUCCGCCUUCUCCAUUUGCCGCACCUAUUGGUCCAAUUUCAAAGGCAAAGCCAAAGCUCAAGAUCCCUCGCCUUCGCAAUCCGAUGUUGCCGACUCCAACGCCGUCGCACGCGCUACACGGUCCGGUGAUAGGGCUGAGGAGAGGGAGCAGGACACAGUUGCACAGACCGAUUUGGAACAUUUUCUUCAUCUCCUUGAAGGGAAAGAUGGAGUGAUGGAUUGGCAGAGUUUUAUGGAGAGGUCAACACCGAACAUGCAAUACAAAGCUUGGCGUCAUGAUCCUGAGUCAGGUCCUACAGUUUACCGUAGUAGAACUGUCUUUGAAGAUGCAACUCCAGAGUUGGUGAGGGAUUUCUUCUGGGAUGAUGACUUUCGUCCUAAAUGGGAUGCUAUGCUUGCAUACUGCAAAGUAUUGGAGGAAUGCCCUCAUAAUGGGACAAUGAUUUCUCACUGGAUUAAAAAGUUCCCCUUUUUCUGUAGUGAUAGAGAAUAUAUUAUUGCUCGAAGAAUAUGGCAGGAUGGAAACACAUACUAUUGUGUGACGAAGGGAGUACCCUAUCCAAGUUUGCCAAAACGGGAUAAGCCCAGACGUGUGGAACUCUAUUUUUCUAGUUGGGUAAUCAAACCUGUGGAAUCUCGCAAAGGAGAUGGUCAGCUGUCUGCAUGCGAGGUUACCCUGUUACAUUAUGAAGACAUGGGGAUUCCCAAAGAUGUUGCCAAGUUGGGAGUCCGCCAUGGAAUGUGGGGAGCUGUCAAGAAAUUGCACUCUGGAAUGAGAGCUUACCAGAAUGCUAGGAAAACAGAUGGUUCUUUAUCAAGAUGUGCAUUGAUGGCAAGUAAAACAACUAAGAUCUCUUCUGACAGAGACAUGCAUUCCUCAGAGCCUGCGUCUUCUUGCAAGGAAGAUGGAGUGCAAGCCUUGAUUAAUACCGCACAAAAGGGUCAUGGCCUCGACUGGAAGUGGGUGGCUGUGGGUGGCACUGUUGCUCUGGUUUUGGGUCUUCAUACUGGUGCUGUAGGGAGAGCGUUGUUGUUGGGAGCAGGGCACAGAAUUGCGCGGAGAUGAGUUAUCUAGGAUCUGGUUAAUGUCAUGGGAAGGUCCACUUGUCACCAUUCAGAAUAUUCAUCAUAUAUAUACAUAUAUAUAUUUAGACCAUCAUUUAACGGUACCGAAUGCUAAUUUUGUGUUUGUUAUUAUUAUUAUUAUUAUGACGAUGAUGAUGAUGAUUUUUUGUAUUAGUUUCAGCCCGGUUAGAUUCAUCU